CCUUGUCUUUUUAACACUUCACAGUUCACUCCUCACUCCCGAUUUCUCUCGCCUUCCCUUAAUUUGACAGAGCUCCCUGUACUCCAUGAAUCGGCAUCCCUACAAAGGCAAAGCGGGUGGGCUUCCAUUUUCGAUCUUCUCAGUCUGGAAACUUAGAGCGGAUGUGCUUGUUGAGUGGUACCAUAUACAUCAUGCUCAUAACUUCUAGGGUUUUAUCCUUUUCAAAUUUUUAUAGCAACUUCGGCUUCAAUUUUAUACAGCUCUGGAAAAAUUGCGUAUAUGAUGAGAAUUUUUCUGGUUGUGUUCUUUAUCAAGUGGGCGUUUUUUUAGGUUUCUAUUGCUUGUGAACAUUUGAAAAAGUGCUGGACCGUUUUCUUAAGAUUCUUCAUUGGAUGAAUGAUCAAUCUUAUUAAUUCAUGAUACGAGAAAUCUGGAUAUUUAACUAGACUAAGCACACAGAAUAGGGAUCAUCUCGAAUGUGCUAGUCUUUCUAUUUAAAUGAUCGAAGAAGCCUUGCAAUUCUUUGCUCAAGCCAGAAGAGGCAAGAGAUUUCCUGAGGUUAGCAGGCUGAUUCAUCAAUUGAUGAGGUCAAAUUGUGAACAAUUGGCACUGAAAAUAUUCUCUGAUCUGGUGGGAAAUGGUUACCACCCGCAUUUAUCAUCUUGCAAUGCAAUUAUCUCCCUUUUUUGCAAAUUUGGUAGUUUUAGUGGAGCCCAGCAUCUUCUAAGUAUCAUGCCCAACAUUCAAUGUGAACCAGAUAUUGUGAGUUAUAAUUCUUUAAUCAAUGGGUAUUGUCAGUUCAGGAAAUUGAAUGAAGCUACCUCAGUAUUCAACACAAUUCAGAGAGGCGCUUAUAAACCAGAUGUAAUUACAUACAACAUUUUGAUAAAUGGAUAUUGCAAAUAUGGAAAAUUGAAGGAGGUUUUGGUUUUCCUUGCUUCAAUGUGGAAGAUCUAUACGCCCGAUGUUGUUACUUACAGUACUUUUAUUGAUGCUCUUUGUAAAUUGAACAAGUUGGAUGAGGCUGAUUAUGCUUUUCGUGACAUGUCGAUUGUUGGAAUAUCACCUAAUUUUGUGAGCUUUACUUCUCUUAUUGAUGGGUAUUGCAAAUCUGGAUCCAUCGAUAAGGCAUUCAAGUUAUAUGACAAUAUGUUGAAGUCCUCUAUUUCUCCAAGCGUAGUUACUUAUAAUGUGCUUUUGAAUGGUCUUUGCAAACAAGGCCUGAUGGAAAGAUCUGAACAACUCUUUAUGCAAAUGUUGGAGAGAGGGGUGAUACCCAACGCUGUCAUAUACACUUCCUUGAUAGAUGGGCAUUUCAAGAGAGGAAAUGUGGAUGAGGCAAUGGGUUAUGUGAAGAAAAUGUUACAUCAAGGGAUCAAACUUGAUGUUCAGGCAUAUGGGGCCAUUAUUUGGGGCCUUUGUAAGAAAGGACAGUUGUGUGAAGCGGAAGGACUCAUGGUUGAAAUGGAGAAGAGAGGUUUAUGGCCAGAUAAGUUAAUAUUUACCACUCUUAUUGAUGCCCAUUUCAAAGAAGGUAACAUGAUAAAGGCUUUUGGUUUUGUCAAUGAGACGCUCAAGAGAGGUUUUGAUUUUGACACUGUAAUGAUUUCGUCACUCAUGGAUGGCCUCUGCAAGCAUGGGAGAUUAGAUGAGGCAAAGGAACAUCUCAAGAGAUUGAACCAGGCGAAUGCACCAGCAAAUGAAGUUACAUAUACUGUACUGAUUGAUGGGCUUUGUAAGGAAGGGAGUUUAAGUGAAGCUGAACUAGUUCUUAAGGAGAUGUUGGAAGCUGGUUUGAUUCCAGACAAGUUUGUAUACACAUCUUGGAUUGCUGAACUGUGCAAACAAGGGAAUAUGGUGGAAGCAUUAAAAUUGAAGAAAGCUAUGCUUGAAAAGGGCAUAACUCCUGACUUACUUACAUUUACUUCUCUUGUAUGGGGGUUAGCAAAUAAAGGUUUCAUGAUUGAAGCUGAGCUAGUCUUCAAUGAUAUGCUCUGCAGAGGCAUUGAGCCUGACUUUGCUGUUUAUGAUGUUUUGAUUAGAGGGUAUUUGAAACAAAACAACAUGAGUGAAGCUAUAAGGUUGCAAGAUGACAUGAAAGAGAGAGGGUUGCUACCUAUCGCAUAUAGAGUGGCUUGCAGCUAGUGGAUCAUGAGAAAGCUAAAUACCCAUGGUUGCCAGCUACUUUCAACAAAUUAAAGAAUGGGUUAGCUGGUCUUCUUUCUGACAUCAGAGGAUUGUAUAUGUCCUUUUAGACAAUUCCAGAGUCUGCUGGCUUAUCGAUCAUAUUCCAACACAUUAAUAUUUAAGCACUUGAGGACAUAUUGGCCUUCAUUCUGAUCUUGACUAUGGAUUGGAAAUAAGUGGUUACACCAAGGGCGAGAGAAGAACUUGGCUUCUAUUUGGAAGUAUGGAACCGCAAGGGGCAAAACAAUUUGAACCUGCCAUCGAACAUCCUCAGAAGGUUUUGGGAGUUAAUAUUGUUAGACUUCAGUUAGCAAUUUUUUGUUGCUUAAUGGAGGGUAUUUAAUGGAUUCCUUAUAAAGAUCGAUAUUAGCUUGAACUUGAUUGACUUUGAUGAUAAGAACUCAUAAACUCGAUUGCUCAGACCAAGUUACAGACUUCUUCAUGCAUAUGCUUCCAUGUCAUGAUGCAGAAAUAUGACCUUGGAGGCUUAUAAAUUGGGAAAACUAUUGAGUGAUUUUCUUAUGAAGGGAUGGUGUGUCGAGCAUGUUAUUCAUUAGUCUCAGUGGUAUGAAGUGUAUAGUGUUUUUAAGUGUCUGGGAUUUCCAACAACUGAGAUGAUGAGCCUUGCAGCUAUUGGAAAUGGUUGGUUGGUUGAGCAGCUUAUUCACAGGGCUUCAUCGGACUUAGUUGCAUCCUAAGUUAUACUCAUCACUAUCCAAUGCAAUUAGGGUUCGGUAUAAGAAUGUUAUGGCUAUGGGAUUCUAACUUUAACACAAAAGAAUGUCUGUGUGUGUGCAGACAAGAAUGAAGAAAGUGAGUGCAUCUCUAAUUAUGGUCACUCAGUUUUGAAAAUUGGAUCAGUACAAUGAUUCCUGCUCUGUUUAGUUUUAAAGAAGGGAGACUAGGCUACAAUCCUCAUGACUAUUAAAAAUCCAUGGUCAUGAGAGUGAUGAUUUGUUUAAUUAGUGGUUGGAUGAUGAUGGAAAGUGGGUUGCCCCAAAUCUCUAAGGGCCUGUUUGAUAAUUGGAAGGUAAUGUUACUUGGAUAUUGGAAGUUCUUUCUCAGGAACUGGAACAUUAACUUUCAGGACUGUUAAUAAAUGUGUUUGAUGACUUAUCUGGAAUUUUAAGGAGAUCCGCGAACCUGCGUUUGUUUGAGCCUGGAGCAUUUGGCUUUUGGAGAUCUGGGAAUAAGCCAGUUGUAACCGUUUAUGAGGCUGACAUGUCUUCUAUGAGGAGAUUUUUAAGUCACCCUGCAUCCUCAGCAGGUUGAACAAAAUGAAACGGCUAGAUCGAGCCUCUUCUUUGACAACGAGUACAAAAAAUAACCGACCUUAAAACCAAUUCACCGUCACAUGCAAAGAAGAGCAAUUUCGAAAUGCUUCAAUAGCAUUUAACCAUGAUCAUCUCAUGAAAACUACAUUAAUAUUGAUAAUGAGAUACAAUCAUAAAGUCAAGUGGCUAUUACAAAUAUUAUAUGACUCCAUGAACAAACCCAUACAAAAGUACACUUGAUAAUAUGUUAUGAUUAAAAAGAGUUUGCUCAUAUCAGAAUCCUCAUCCAUAUUUCCACAAAAAACUCAUUCAAACUCAAGUAGAACCUAGUUGUGCACGUUUAGUCGAUUCCCUUGAUUAGGAUGCCCACUGGACAAUCCAUUAUCGAAGACAAUGUCCAUGAUAUGGGUAGGAGGAAAACAUCUAUUCAUGUUAUUGGCUGCCCAUUCGUUAUCUUGUGCAAGUAUAAUAACCCAAAAAAAUAAAAAUAAAAUGAACAAAUUUACAAUCUAAUAGGUUACAUUGUCAUAAAACAUGUAUUAAAAAAUAAAAUACUUGUACGUACUCCUCCCAAACUGGACCGGUCAUCCUUCUGGUUUCCUCAUCAAUUGAAUUCUGAUAUGGGUCAUGAGCAUCUUUAUCUUCCUGUAGAUUUGUCUAAAUCAUUUAAUUCUAUACUUUAUCAUGUCCAUAUUAAAGUAAUUGGUCCGUGUUUAUGCAUCUGGCUCCUGGUCUGUGCAGGGAUGUGUGUCUUGUCAAUCACUUCGAUAUAAUCCUAUUAAUGUCAUAUGAAAUACCUUUAGUUCAAUUGUAUAAUAUCGUAAAGUUAUAUGAAUAUUAACCCAAUUUUUUACAUUGAAAUAUGGGUAAAACCUUUUUAUAUCAUCUAAAAUGUGCUUAGGUUUUUCACUACUUGGAGGUUGCAAGAUCUGGGGUUUCAAUUGUAAGAUUGACAUUAAAACUCUGUUGAAAUAGAAGUUUGACCAUUUGCUCUGAAUGCUGGAAACAUUCAUGGAUCGCCUUAUUACGUUGAUCGUGUUUCAGGGUGCAGAAAAUGGCCACUUGUUUGUCCAUUAAAUGUCUCGUGUUAGUAAUCAACAAACUCUCCUUAAGAAGCCUACAAAGAUCGAGAAAUGCAACCCUCUCAAUUAGGGUCCAUUGAGGAAUUCUUCCAUCACCUUAUGCUUUGCUCUAUUUCCUGACAUUGUAGGUCUGGUUCCAGAUGAGGAAUGAGCUCCAUUCCUUUAGACAAAACAACACAAACAUAAUAGGAAAAGUGAACCGUGUGUCAGGGGACGCAGCGUCCCCCAAUGCACCAACCAUCCAUCUCAAAAUUGGAUGGUUGGCGAUGGUGGUUCCACCCAAGAGGGUCUUAAAAACACAUCCAAAGAUGUCAAUUUAUAUUGUUAAAAAUUUAGUCAUUUUUAAUAUUCAUGUUCACCAUUGUGGAGCAUAUCCACCCCGAAUUUUGGAUCCAAAAUCCAACUCUAAAAUGGAUUAUGGAGAGAGGACUAAUGUACCAAGAGUGACAUGAGAAGAAUUAGAUAUGAGCCAUGUAAGGCAUGCUGAAGAGAACACAGACAGAUAAGUUGGUGGGAUUGCACCAUUUAUAUUAAAGUUGAACCAACUUCACUGUAAUAUUCUUUUUGGUUAUUGCUGACAUGAUUCUAGAUCAAAGUUUCUAAAUCUAUGCAAAUACAAAAGUUAUGCUCCCAAUCAUAAGCUUAAAUAAUAACAUCUAAAAUGUUUUCAAUUAAAUCAUAUCAGGUUAGUGUUAGGCAGGUGAUUAUGGCAGGACCAACAAUACUUCAAUUUGUGCAUGAUAUGUAAUUGAGCCAAUUUCAAUGUUUAAAUUAACUAUUUUUUAUAAAGUAAAUUUUAAAUUAACUCUUCAUAGAUAACCACCAAGCGCACAUCCAAGUCUAGCAGAACAUUCCAUUUGUGAGAGAGAGAGAGAGAGAGAGAGAGAGAGAGAGAGAGAUACCUGGUUGAGUUGGCUUAGAUCGGUGUGUCAUAUGCUGAAGUGCUACAGUAAUGAGGAACGUUUGGUUUCUGGAGUUAAAUGUUCCUCUAAACAAACAUGCCCUAAAAAACCACAGUGGUUCCCAUUCUCCUAUUGUCAUUGCCCUAUCUUUACUGGUCUGUGGAUGACCUUGAAAACCAUAGAUUUUCUAUGAUCACGACUUUUUAUUGGAUACUUUCCACUCUGAGGGAAAGGUGCACCACAUUACUUGUGAUGCCAACUUAAUUAUCUGUUUGAUUCAAGCAGACAAUUCACGUAUCGGACGCCAUCGAAUCUUUUGUGAGUAAUCUACUCUGUGUAGUCAAUUGAACUUUUCAAGUCUCAUGCAUCUCAUCUGUAUCAUUGGCACACUAUGCAUCUAAGGUUUGGAAUUUAUAUGGUACCGCAUAAUUUUAGAAAAAGAAUUCCCUACCACACAGGGAAAAAAGAAGGGAUGGUGUUGUUCUUUUCCUCUGAUAUAUCACUAAAAUGAAAAUAAUGUUUUUUAUUUAGAUCAUAUACUACGAGACCAUUUGUAUUUGUCACAAGGAGGUCACAAUUGCUACUAGCCAUUAGAUGUCAAUUUGGAUGGCUUGGAGUGUGUCACAAAGCGAAAUUUUCGUUGAACUCCAAGUCUAGUCGCUACCACACUCACAUCCACCAGAUUUGAAAUCUGACAAGCAAAAGUGAUUGUGAUCCCUUUGAAUUAAAAAUAAAUAGUCUCUUUAUAUACU